AUGCGAGCCGCUUCGCGGAAGGACGCCCCGCUCGGGCAGCGCGUUGCGAAAUCUCUCCCGCCGACGCAUCCCACCGCCGAGCCGCAGCACCGCGUUGCCCCGCCCGUGCCCGUUGCGAAACCUCUCCCGCCGACGCAUCCCACCGCCGAGCCGCAGCACCGCGUUGCCCUGCCCGUGCCCGAUCACGCUGCAGCUGCCGCUGCAGCUUCGCCUGAUGCGGGGGCGGUGGCAAAAGGCGCUUCUGGGAAGCGAUCGGCGUUUUCGGAGGUUGCGGUGCCGCUAGGAAAGCUGGAAAGUGCAAAGUCUUUCGGUGGGAAGGCCUCAACGGAUAACUCGCAGCUAGAGUUGGGCUGUGCAGAAUCGCCGCGCGUCGCAGAUGGCAAGGCAGGUGAGGACCCUACGCCUGCGAAGGCCACUAGUGUCGUAGGGUCUGCAGAAAGGACGCAAGCGAAUGAGAAGAUUUUACAACCCUUGCAGCAGCCGUCAUCUACUCCUGGUCAGGUGAAAAGCCCCAUCACAGUGAGCGAAUCAGCCCUCGUUAAGAAACCAAAAAACGGCACAUCAUUGGAUACAGAGGGAAAAGAGUCUCAAGUCACCCCACCAACCAACGAAAACAUAGAGCCACGCGAUGAAGAUGUGAAAACUACCCCGAUAGAGGUCGCAUCUAAAGAUAAGGGAAAACCUGUUGCUGCUGGGAACAAAAUAUCGGCAGAGAGUCGUGAUGGCGAUGGAGAGCAGAGUGACGGGCACCGAAAGUCUGUUUCAUCAAAAGGAGAAGAGAAAUUGGAGAAACAUCCAAAGCGCGCAACCUCCCCGGUCAGGAACGGCGGCAAGGCCGCAGACAAGAAGCGGUCCGAUGGCAAUAGUGAACAGUCUGGAAAACUUGAAGAACGGGACAACAACGCGGAAACACGAAAGUUAAGUAGUACCAACUACGGGGAUGAAAAGAAUGUGAAAAAUCCGAUCACUCUUUCGCCAAACCUGGAAUCUAAAGUUCACCAACCGAAAUCUUCUAAUAAAACCAUAGAAGAAGCGACUGCUGGUGCUGGGACAAGGAAUCUUCCAAAGAAACUACCUGGGGUAGAGGCAAUGCAGAUAGAAUCGAAAAAAACCGAAAGGGUCGACAUGGAAACGGACAAGAGCGCGCGUACUUCUGACGUCGUGGAGAAGCAACCGUCGACUCACGGCUCUGCUCCUACUGUUUCAAACGAGGGAGGAGCACUUAAAGUAUUGAAUCGUGAGCAGUUUUCUCCUUCACAUGGAUCUCCAGGUACCGAUAGAGAACGAGAGGCGACCGGAACGAACGGCAAAACACCUUCCCCUCCUUUGUCUUCAACUAUCGGAGGCAAACAGGCACUCGGGCAGUCGGAGAAGUCUUCUCCCACACCGUCAUCCUCACUCGAGGAUGGAGACAAAGGGACAGCAAGGAAGCAGAAAAGCCCGUCUAAAUCUCUGUCACCUGCAGUUAGCGAUAGAGGCAAAGCAGAGAAAGCAUUGGAGCGAUUUGUGCGAACUUCCGGCUCCAAAAAGCCAGAAGACGUGGCCAUACGACAAGUCGAUCAGAAGUCGGAAAAGCACAGACCGCAGCGCAAGGACGCAAAGGUCUCUUCAGAUAAAUCUGACAGAAAGGCUGGAAAAGUAUCCGGAAAAGAGCGGAUCUCUAAACCUUCAUCCUAUGAUACUCAAAGCACGGAAAAAUCCCAGGGUAAAGAAAACUUCAAAAGCGGCAAGUCGACUAAGCGAAAACGAAGAAGUGAAGCGGAUAAGCCUACUGCGGAAGAGCCAGAUCAGAACCCCUCUGGCAGUCCGAAGAAAAGGCCCAGAAUUCACAAUUCUGAUACCCGUUGUGUUCCACAGGACCUUGAAGAGCAGAAAAACAUUCUUCGCGCUCUACGUGAGUUAAUGGAGAAGGAUUAUGCAGAAGUCUUCUUAGAACCGGUCGAUCCCUCAGAAAAAGGCUGCGCGGCGUAUUAUACAGUAAUUAAGAAAGCUAUGGAUUUGGGAACCAUUGAGAAACGUCUCGAUCAAGCGACCUCACAAAACGCGUACUACGCAGCUAAAACCGAUAUCUUCGCAGAUAUCGAACUUGUCUGGUCGAACUGCAGACAGUUCAACGGCAUGUUCGACCCCAUAAUUGGCGAUGUUGAGAAAUGCAUGGCGUUUCUAGACGCGGCGUUGGAGAAGUACGGCGUAGAAAGUGGUGCAAACAAGGAUAAUCAACGAAGACGCUCAAGGUCACGUUCUCUGAAGCGAAAGUUCGAGGAUAGUCAGUUGACAGAACGACCCAAGAAGCAACAACAACAGCGUAAAAAAGCAAAGCCAAAGGCUGAUGACCUAAACGAUGGUCGUCUGGUCGGCAAAGUGGUAGCGGUGUUCACGCGGCGAGGUCCCCGGAAAGCUAAAGCUUGGACGCGGGUGAAAGUUGUCGAUUUCCUCGAGCGCUCGCAGUCAUACAAACUGCAGUGGCUUGAUGACGGGAAAAUAACCUAUAACGCUACAUUUGGUAUGAAUGAGACUUUUCCUGUGUUUCGUCAGUGAAGCGAGGGGGGUUUUCCGCCACCCGCUGUUACGCUUAUUAUUAUCCUAAUAAAUGACAACAUCUCCGCUGGUAAAGGAGAUUAUUG